ACAGCUCAGCGAUCGAGUUACGUGGCCGGGGAAAAAUGUUGCAGUGGAGACGAGAGAGAGGGGGGAGAGAAAGAGAGAGACUGCAGCAUCGCUGGAGACCGGAGGCAGCAGCAGCAGCAGCAGUCCCGAGCAGUGCAGGUGAGAGGGGAGGGGAUAAAAAAAAAAAAAAAGGAGGCGGAGGAAGGAGGAGGAGGCGCGUUCGCUGGAGUGAGAGUGAAUGCGGGACUCCUGGAGCAAAAAGACGCAUCUACUCUCAGUCCAACAUCCCCCGACUCCUGAUCCGGACGGCGCGGGGAUUAUUUUUUAUUAUAUUUUUACUCAAAAACUGAUUUAACCACGAGGAGAGAUUCCUACUUUUCCUUCUCCACGAGGACAAACAAUAAAAGAAAGGAGCAAUUUAAGGAGAAACUUGCUCCGAGAGCCACUCUCACAACUUGCGUAAAGGAAUCUGACUGCUUGGCACGUUGCUCCACUGCGGGGAAAAGGAGGCAGCAGCUGGGGGGGGAAAGUAGUGGUGCAUUGCAGUUUCUAAGUGGAGAAAGAAAGAAAAAACUGAACAAGCAAUCGACUGUCCCAAAUGUGACUGGAAUGAAGAGAACUUACAUUAUGAACUGAUAAGAAGAAGAAAGGAGGAGUGGAGAUGAAAGGCUGAUGAUGGAUAGAUGGAUGGUUGGAUAGAUAGAUUAAAAAACGUGUCUUCAUGGCUUGAUUACACCUUAGCGAGAUCAUUUUUAUAGAAGUUGGUGAGUGUAGGAGGAAAAUAAAAAAAAAAGGAUCUGCUGAAGUGAGCUAUAGAGAGCGCAGGAGCUUUCCCCCGGACCAGAGUCCGCAGAGAGCCAUAGAGAAGGUAUCAGGAAGGAUAAAUCAAACACCCACGCUGCGUGAGCCGCAACAGACCCCAAAACACCAAUAAACAAGAGCCGCAGCUGGGGGUUGGGGGGACCAGCCAGAGACAGAACAGAGAGAGGGGAACAGAAGGGAGCCAGCCAUGCCGAGGCUUCUUGGUGCAGUGCACUCCUCCAGCCUCCUGGUCCCCUUCCUCCUCCUCCUCCUCCUGCUGCAGCUGCUGACUCAGCUGCCGGGCGCCGACUCAGCGCUCCGGUACCGAGUGGCGGAGGAGGGACCCCCGGACGUGAAGAUCGGCAACGUGGCCGCGGACCUGGGCCUCACGGCGGGCACGGGCAGCGGAGACGUCACCUUCGCCCUGGAGAGCGGCUCGGAGUUCUUCAAGAUAGACAACGUGACCGGGGAGCUGACCACGGGCCCGCGGCGCAUUGACCGAGAGAAGCUGGCCCAGUGCCAGAUGAUCUUCGAUGAGAAUGAGUGCUUCCUGGACUUUGAGGUGUCUGUGAUUGGGCCUCUGCAGAGCUGGGUGGACCUGUUUGAGGGCCGAGUUGUCAUCACAGACAUCAACGACAAUACGCCCUCCUUCCCCUCACCUGUCCUGCAGCUGUCAGUUGAGGAGAACCGUCCAAUAGGAACUCUGUACCUGCUCCCCACUGCCACCGACAGGGACUUUGGAAGGAAUGGCAUUGACCGCUAUGAGCUCAUCCAGGAUAAUAAUGGAGUUGGGUCAAGUUCAACAAGGCGCACAGCAGGAGGAAACCCCAUUACUAGAGUGGAUGGACUUGACCGGAGGGGCAGAAGUGGAGAUAAUGGAGGAGGAGCCAGUAGGAGCAGUGUGUUUGAGCUGCAAGUGGCAGAUAUACCAGAUGGUGAGAAACAGCCACAGCUUAUUGUGAAAGGAACUCUGGACCGUGAGCAAAAAGACUCAUAUGAGCUGGUCCUCAAGGUUCGAGAUGGGGGUAGCCCGCCCCGUUCCUCCCAAGCUCUUCUCCGUGUGUCCAUCACUGACGUGAAUGACAACAGUCCACAGUUUGAAAGGUCAACGUAUGAGGCUGAAAUGACAGAGAACGCUCCCCCAGGUACACCUGUGCUUCAGGUCAGAGCCUCAGAUCGAGACAUUGGAGUCAAUGGGCAGGUGGAGUACGUCUUUGGAGCUGCCACCGAAAAUGUCAGGCGACUCCUGCGGCUCGAUGAAGCAACUGGUUGGCUGAGUGUUCUUCACAGAAUCGACAGAGAGGAAGUGGCCCAGCUGAAGUUCACGGUGAUGGCCAGGGACCGGGGUCAGCCUCCACGCACUGACCGCACCACAGUGGUUCUGGCCGUCCGGGAUGAGAAUGACAACGUCCCAAGUGUGGAGAUCAGAAAGAUUGGACGCAUCCUUGUUCGAGAUGGGGCAGCACUGGUGCCAGAGAAUGUUCUGGUGGACACACCUGUGGCUCUGGUUCAGGUGUCCGACAGAGACCAAGGAGAGAAUGGGGCUGUGACCUGCACAGUUGUAGGAGAUGUUCCCUUCACCCUGAAGCCAGCUGGAGAAACAGCACUUCCACCCCUACCAGCAGAUGAGGCCUUUGACAGGAACAAGAAAAAAUACUUCUUACAUACCUCAGCUUUGCUGGACUAUGAAGCCACGAAAGAGUACAGUGUAACAAUUGUUGCAGUAGAUUCUGGCAGCCCCAGUUUAUCCAGCAACAGCUCACUGAUGGUUCGAGUGGUAGACAUCAAUGACCAUGCCCCAGCCUUUGCCCAGAGCAUUGUGGAGGUCCACUUCGCUGAGAACAACUCACCUGGUGAAAGGGUGGUCACUGUUGUAGCAACAGAUGCAGACAGUGGCAAGAAUGCAGAAAUAGCAUACUCCCUGGAUCAUGCGUCUAAUGGUCCUUUUUACAUCGAUGCUGACAAUGGAGAUAUCCGUGCUACUGGAGUUCUGGACCGUGAACUGCAGGAGAGAUAUGAGCUGCGGGUUAUUGCCAAGGACAAAGGCACACCGUCCUUACAAGGCUCUGCGACUGUUGUUGUCCUGGUGACUGACCGCAACGACAACGCACCAAAGUUUGUUCAAGAGAUCUUCACAUUCUAUGUCAAGGAGAACCUCCUCGCCAACAGUCCAGUUGGGAUGGUCACAGUCACGGACGCUGAUGAGGGCGAGAACGCAGAGUUUAGCCUAUAUGUAGAGGUGGAUGGGACUGACACAAAAACGACAGGCAGGGAGGGAGAUGAUGGCGAGAAAGAACGGGAAGAGGUGUUCUCCAUUGAGAACAACACUGGAACAAUUUUCUCUUCUGCAUCGUUUGACCGUGAAAAACUUUCCACCUACACCUUCCGUGUUCGGGCUGUGGACGGAGGGGAGCCCCGCAAAACUGCCACGGCCACGGUCUCACUUUUUGUGACAGAUGAAAAUGACAAUGCACCUUCUAUCACCUCUCCUGCCAAUGAGUCCUACACCCUUUUACCACCUGCCAGUAGUGCUCGCACCAUUGUCAGGACUGUAACAGCCAUAGACUCAGACACGGGUCCAAAUGCUGAUCUUCGCUACGCUCUGGUGGGGGGAAAUCCCUUCAGACUGUUUGAGAUUGGCCACACAAAUGGAGUUAUCACCCUGGCAGAGCCUCUGGAGCGGCGCCAUAGAGGUCUGCAUCGCCUGGUUGUUCGAGUCAAUGAUAGUGGCAUCCCUUCUCUCUGUGCCACAGCUCUGGUUCAUGUCUUCAUUAAUGAGAGCUUGGCUAAUGCCACACUAGUGGAUGCACAGGUGGCUCGAAGCCUUAUGGCUCCACUGUCGCUGGACAUUGCCGGGGACCCAGACAGUGAGCGUGCCCUGGGAAAACAGCGCCUGAGUGUUGCCAUCGGCGUCCUGGCGGGAGCGGCGGCCGUCAUUCUGGUUAUCCUUCUGGUGGUCACGGCUCGACAGUGCGGCACUCAGGGGAAGAACGGUUACGAAGCUGGUAAAAAGGAGCCAGAGGAGGACUUCUUCAGUCCCUCGGGGGCUCAGCCGCAGGCCAGUCGGGGUGGGGGAUCAGACCGCGGACGCAAACCUCGGCGGGAUAAACGCACCGGAGGCGGCGGUACGAUCGGAGGAGGUGGGAAGUCAGACAGAUCUCUUUACAGUGGCAUUGUCACAGUCAACGGCCUGCGACGCCAUGGCAAUGACGAUGAGGAGGAGGAAGAACUGAGUAGUGCUAGCGAGCGCCUGGCAGCCCGCUACUGUGCCGUGGAUGGUGACCCCGGCAGCCCACGGAUGGGCGGAGGCAGGAGACACCAGUCUAGCCCCGAUCUGGCCAGGCACUACAAAUCCAGCUCACCCCUUCCUGCGGUGAAUCUACAGCCACACUCUCCCCCAGCGGAGGGCAAGAAGCACCAAGCGGUCCAGGAGCUGCCUCCCUCCAACACCUUUGUGGGCAGCGGCGGGUGCGUGGGGAGUGCCGGCUCCAGCAGCAGCAGUACCGGGGGCAGUGGCAACGCAGACGCCAUGUCCUUGGGCUCUGACCAGUGCUCAGAUUAUAGUUGCCAGACUGGAAACAAGUACAGCAAACAGGGGACCCUUCGCCGGGUGACCUUCUCGGUUGUGAGCCAACCCCAGGACGGCGGUUGCUAUGACAGCGGCCUGGAAGAUUCGGAGACACCAAGCAGCAAGAGUUCAUCUGGGCCACGGCUUGGAGCCCUGCCACUUCCCGAAGAAGGUUACGAGCGAACCACGCCAGAGGGCAGCGUGGGGGAAGAGGAGCACGUAGAGAAUGACGCCAGACAGCUGCCAGAUGUGGCUCUGACAGGAAAGUGCACCAGGGAGUGUGAUGAGUUCGGCCACUCGGACACGUGCUGGAUGCCGGUCCGCGCCUCGCCGCGCCAGCGCCACGGUAGCGACCCUCCCCGACUGUCAACGUUCGCCCCGGGGGACGACAACAACAACCUGCGCGGCAACGACCGUGAGAGCGACAGCGAGAGCGCUGGCAGCGCGGGGAGCUCCGAACCAGGAGUGGUGGUCAGCGCAGAAGGUCAGAGGUUGCCCUUAGCCAACGGCGACCCUCUCGGCACCCUGGGUCGGGGAGACCGCAACAGGAACAUGGGCGAUCACAACCGCAACCUUCUAAACCGCAAAAUGACUUCCACUUCCUACGACACGUUCAGCGGCGCCAGCCUCGGGCGGCGCCAGCCAGAGGAGGAGGGAGGAGAGGGCCAGAACCCACCGGAGGUCAUACCGUUGGCACGAACGGGAGGGGACUACAAGACGACUUCCUGUCUCACGCUGUCACGCCGUGAGGUCUACCUGUGACGCCCUCUCGGUGGAGCAAUCCACCACCGCCAUCGUCAUAAUCAUCUCCUCCCUUUGUUGGAAAAAGAAAUUGUACCAGCAAGCCAUCAGUGUGGUGAAACCUUUAAUCCGUGAGGAUGUGAAAACGUCAAAAGGGAUGCUUUUUCAAAGCUUUCAUCUAACUGUAACUUUCAAAAUCAGACUAAUAUUUAGCUUAUAAGUACUUAAACUUAUAAGAACUCAUCAAUCAGCUCUUCUGACUGAAAGUGCUUUCUGAAAACUGUUUUUAACCGCCUCUGAAAGCUACCUACAAGCAAAGACGGUGUGUCCACAUGGAGGAGAACACUCUUUUCUUCUUCUUCUUUUUUAAAAAUCAAAUCCAAUGCAUGCCUGACCCUUUGACCAUAGAGCUAUUUAUGCGAAGAAGACUGUGUGCAUUCUGAGGCUCUGGGUGCAUUUAAAAAAAAUGAAGCCAGAAUGGGAUUUCUCUGAUGAAGCAUCUGCAAAGAAAAGACUGCUGAGGUUUCAUCCUGUCGAAAACGAGCAAAAAAAAAAAAAAAAAAAAAAAAAAAUGGGGCAGAUCAGUUUGGAUCUAAUUCAAACUUUUUAAAUUAAUCGUAUCAUAGUAAAGGUGGGGGGAAAUAACCAGCUCAGUAAGAAUCAUUUAUCAUAAACAAAGUGUGACGAAUAAAGCACCUAAACCAGAAGAAACAGUGUUAGAAGAAAGACUUAAGAUAUUUACGAUAAAGGUUCUCACCCGAGUGUCGCCGGUGCCAGAGGAUUCAGCCUUGUGUGAAAAUAUUUGUUUCUAAUUUUCCCUUCACAUCUUGUUAGUAUGUAUAUAUCAUAUGUGUGUGUUUGAUGAAGCAGCAGUGUUCUUGUUUUGCUGCUCUCUGCCAUUUCAGAGUUCAUUCCACAUCUGAUACGCCCACCCUAUUCGAUAAACACGCUCUCAGUGACACACAUCCAAGCAUGCAAACAUAUCCUGUGCAUACACAAAUAUGGCCACAGUUUGUGUCAUGAAUCAGUGGCUGUGUGGAGUAAAGAUCAUUAUAACCUGCUGUUGCCUUCAUACAGGAAAAAUCAUGAACACACACAAGCACAUUAACAAGUAACCAGAAACAAAAACACCUGUAAAGUACUGGGUUCAUCUGUGUGUAGGGUUUUUCUUUUUUUUUCUCUUUAACAUAUUGCCUCAUUAAACUAGCUGUAGCAUUUUGCCUGCUCUUUCCUCAGCCCGUAUUUUAGACAUGAAACGUAUUUAAAUAAUAACCCAUCUCUUCGACUGACUGACUGAUGCGUGAGGCGACAUAAAAGAGAAUUUUAAUCUCAUCCUCUGUAAGAAUUAAUAGAAACUGUCGGAGAAAGAGAUGUUCUGCAUACUGUAAGUAUUUAAAAACCAAGUCUUUCGAAUGUCUGUAAGAAACAAAAAAAAAAGCAAAAGAGACUGCAUGAUAGAACAAUAAUGCAAAGUUUUUUUUCUUUUUGUUUUUUAGACUUCAUGUUUUUUCUCCCCCUAAAAAACACUAUUUGGAUACAUGUGUGCUAACAGGGGAGGAACGGAGAUAGCGAUGGCGUAAGGGGAUUUAACAGCAGUGGGUAAAUGUUUGGGUCUUUCUCUCAGUUUAUUUUUAUUUCUUUUCAGCUCUGGAGUUAAAACAUGCCACAGGCUGUAACUAAAAAUAAUAAAUAGGAAAAAAAAAUGGAAAAAAAUAAAGCAGACUAGUGUAGCGGGAGCAGUAGAGGGAAGGGAAGGUACUGGUCCCCCACGUGGCGCUGACCUGAGCAAAGCCCCCCCGCACCGCCGUGCUGUACGGUGCAGAUAACGGAACGCCUUCACGUUCGCCCUUCCCAUCAGCCACCGCUUCCACACGACUCACGGAGCGAACGCACUCCGCUGUGUUGUGCCGAAACAGUGGGUGUGGAUCUAGGCCGGCGCAUCUUAACUCCCAUCAUCAGAGCGUGUGUGGCUCGGCGGUGCGAUAGGGAUAAUAGGGUUAGGUCGACCCUGCGCUCUUAAUGAGUUUCCUUUCUCCUUCUCUUCGCCAGUUCUCGGCCUGUUCUGAUCUCAUUAAAGUGCGGGUAGGCAAAUGGAACACCACUGGAAACUGCCGGCACCUGUGUCUUCUAUUUUCUCUGCCUGUUUUUUUUUUCUUUUUUUUGGUUGAGGGGAUCAGACGAGGCUAAAGAGACAUCCUCGUUAGGGGUGGUGAGACUAAUGAGCAGCUCAGGUGUGCAGCAGUGUUUAACCUGCUCUUACUGCUGCUGCUUGACUGACAGAUUAACAUCCUGGAGGGGGGGGAGAGAAAGCAGUAAUCAUGACACCGCCUCACCGUUUGAGAGGGGGUAAUUAGGAUGAGAGAUGCUCUGUUUGUGUAAUUACACGCUGUAAACCUGUAUAUACUUUAAACUUUAUUACUCUGUGAACAAUCCUAAGCAUUGAGCCCACUGAUGUAUUUAGUCCCUUUGCCUUCAGCAUCUUCCUGUACAUGGCUGUUCACUGAGCUCUGGUUUUGGUGGACUGGAAAGCUUUGGAAUUCAUCUGCUUCUCAAGGCUGAAAACUGUGGAAAUUCCGAGGGACAGAUUUUCUGCGAGGAACAAGUUUUUGUCUCAGAAUCAAGGACAGAGACUCUCGACGCAGCCACCCCUUCCCUGCCUCUUCGUAACGGCACAUAUCUUUUCAAACUGCUGUUUUAUUGCAGAACCCACAAUGGCACCUUUCAAAUCCCUCCAAUUUGGAUUCAAGGGAACUUACUGUACAUAAAUCUUUUUGGGUGCGACUGUUUAAUUUUUAAUUUUAUUUUUUUAUACUGCACGUUUAAACAUGAAUAUCUUUUAGUUGACUGCAAAACAAAGAGAGGAAACGAACAGCAUCAGCUCUUAGAUGUAUCACCCACUAACGGAGAUGUUUUUAAAAAACAGAAAGAAAAAAAACAGACACUUCAGUGGACAUUAUGUACCUGCUGUUCUCCUCCUGUUAUCCUCGCCUUGUACAUAUAAAACUACACUGUAGACAGACUACUGAAAACUGUAACAGAUAAUGGCAUGCUUAAGGAUCAAAUCUGCACUUGAGUAAAAAAAGAGUAAAACUUGGAAAAAAAGGUUUUUAUUUCCUUUUGUUUAUUCCGGGGACUGGCUCAGUUUUUUGGGUUUCUUUUUUGGCUGCUCCCUUCCUGUAAUUACACAUUGAACGAAUUGCAUUUGCUUUCAUGAGGAUGGAGAGGAGUUACUGAAUGGUUUGGUAUGAAAAUGAAUCAUGUAAAAGUUUGACUUUGGCAUUAAAAACUUCAAACACUU